AUGGUGUUUGCGCUGGAGGAAAUCAAUCAUAGUGACAGCUUGCUGCCAGGUGUGAAGCUGGGCUACCAUAUUCGUGAUAGCUGUGCCCUACCCUCCUGGGCCAUGCAGGCAGCACUGUCUCUGGUUGGAGGAGAAAGUGCUACCUGUGAUCAGCCUGUUCCAUUGAUCAUUGGUGGUUCUUCGUCUAUAACAGCCAUGAUACUCUCAAGAAUCCUGGCGCCACUCUCCAUACCUUUAAUGAGCUACACAGCCAGCUGCCCCUGUCUAAGUGACAGGCUCCAGUAUCCUAACUUCUUCAGGACAAUGCCCAGUGAUAUUUACCAAGCCCGGGCUAUUGCCCAACUUGCAAUACGCCUAAAUUGGACCUGGAUUGGAGCAGUGAUAGCAAACAACGAUUAUGGCCAUGUGGCAAUAAAGGUAUUUCAGGAUGAGACGCAGGGGGCAGGGGUGUGCCUGGCAUUCAUAGAGACUCUGCAAAGGGAAAACAUUGUGAUGGAUGCUAGACGAGCAGCCCUCACAAUUCAGGCCUCAACUGCAAAAGUGAUUCUGAUCUUUACCUGGUACACAGAUGUGAGGGAACUGUUUCUGCAACUCGCCAACAUAAAUGUGACUGAUAAACAGUUUUUGGCCAGUGAGGCUUGGAGCACCAGUGGUAAUCUGCUUCAAGAUCCUAUCACUUCUAAAGUGGCUAGUGGUGUUCUUGGUGUGGCAAUUCGAAGUUCAGCAAUACCUGGAUUUGAACAUUUUCUCAGAAGUUUGAAUCCCUCUUUACGACCUGAUGAUAAGUUCUUAUGGGAAUUCUGGGAAAUGGUGUUUGGUUGUAGUCCUGGGACCUCACCACUCUCUACAAGUUCACCGUCUCCCACAGACCGGUUGUCUCAGAAAGCCUCACUUCCACCGUGCAGCGGCAGAGAGUCCCUGGAGGAAGUGCAGAAUCUCUUCACUGACACCUCUCAACUAAGAGUGACAUAUAAUGUUUAUCUUGCUGUUUAUGCUUCAGCCCACGCCCUCCACAGCCUUCUGUCCUGCCCUAACAGUGACAGCUCACCUGGAAACAUCAGCUCCACCUGCUCCUCUCCAAAACAGAUCAAACCCAUAGAGGUGUUGCACCACUUGAACAACUUGAAUUUUACCACACCACAGGGGGAAAUGUUUUAUUUUCAAGAGGGCAACACUCCAGCAAAGUACGACCUUGUUAACUGGCAGAACACCCCUGAGGGGUCACUCAAAGUAGUUUUGAUUGGACGUGUGGACGGGUUUGACAUCAACCUUGACACGUCAGCUAUUCAGUGGAACACAGGAUCCAAUCAGGUGCCUGUUUCAGUGUGCAGUGAGAGCUGUUCCCCAGGUUUCCGAAAGGCCAACAAGAAGGGAGAACCUCUCUGCUGCUUUGACUGUAUCCCUUGUGCUGAAGGAGAGAUAAGCAAUCACACUGGUUCCCUUAUCUGUGAGCGUUGUCCAUCUGAGUUUUGGUCUAAUGCUAAACGAACUGCCUGCGUACCUCGCCAGCUGGACUUCCUUUCCUUUAAUGAAACAUUGGGCUUUAUCCUGGCCACAGUAGCUGUGUCUGGUGUCUCUGUGACAACAGCUGUGUUUGUAGUUUUUAUUUACUACCGUCAAACACCUAUGGUGCGAGCCAACAAUUCAGAACUGAGCUUCCUGCUUCUCCUGUCGCUGAAGCUCUGCUUCCUGUGCUCUCUGGUGUUCAUUGGUCGUCCAUCAGUGUGGACUUGUCGGUUCCAGCAGGCAGCAUUUGGGAUCAGCUUUGUACUUUGUGUCUCCUGCCUGCUGGUCAAAACCCUCGUAGUUCUUGCUGUUUUCCGCUCAGCUCGGCCUGGUGCUGGAUCCUUGAUGAAGUGGUUUGGUCCAGGCCAACAGAGAGGAAGCGUCUGCCUAUUCACAUCCAUACAGAUUAUAAUCUGUGCUACUUGGCUGUCCCUCAGCCCCCCUGUACCUCAGCGUGACCUUGGUUUCCAAGGGUCAAAGGUCACCCUUGAGUGUGCCAUGUCCUCAGUGGUGGGCUUCUCUCUGGUUUUGGGCUACAUUGGUCUGUUGGCUUGCACCUGCCUCCUCUUGGCCUUUCUUGCUCGGAAACUCCCUGACAACUUUAAUGAGGCCAAACUGAUCACCUUCAGCAUGCUGAUUUUCUGUGCGGUCUGGAUAGCUUUUGUCCCUGCGUACAUUAGCUCUCCCGGGAAAUACACUGUUGCUGUGGAGAUUUUUGCAAUCCUUGCAUCUAGUUUUGGCUUGCUGCUCUGCAUUUUUGCCCCCAAAUGUUUUGUCAUUCUUUUGAGGCCUGAGAAAAACACUAAAAAAUUCCUGAUGGCUAGAUAA